AUGGUGGAGGACCGUUUCGUCGGACGACAGAAUCUUGUUCCAGUCUUGACGGGUCCAGUUGAGAUGCUCCUUCGCCCACUUCACCCUGGCGACUCGAUUCUUUUCAGAAAUCAGCGGUUUCUUCACUGGACGUCUUCCCAUGAUUCCAGCAGCAUUCAGACGUUGUUUCACGGUCGAGACGGAUGGCGGAGAUGGCGAAUUCAAGCAAACUUCCCGUCUGAUCGCAGGGACGCUGAGUCUUGGAUCGGUUGCCUCUGUCACGCCGAACAUUCCUGCCAACGUCAUCAUGGUCAGUCCAUUUUGACGACCCACAACGAUGGCUCUUUUGUCGUUAUCAGUCAAAUCCUUUUUUCCAGAGGUUCUUCCCAUGUCUGAGAACAUGAAAAAAAACAUAUGGCAACAUUAUUACUUUUAAAAAAUUUAAUAGAAAUAAAUAAAAAUAAAAGCAUAAAAAAACAAAAAAAUUGAAUUCAAUAAAAAAUGCCUAAAACGCGUCACAGUGAUUGCGGACAUGUCUUUGUAUACCGUAUAUGUUUCAAAGUAUAUUUUUACAUAAUCCCUGAAAGUUAUAUAUAAAUCGGAUGAGUACUCGCUGAGAUAUCCUCAAAAAAACCAAAACUUAAUAGACUUUUUGAGCGGUACUGUAUAGGAAAAUGGGGAAUUUAAAGGAGCAUUGAGACGUUUCAAAUAAUAUUUUUGAAGCGACGUGCCAUUUUGAUUGUAAAUUUUAGGUCGUAAGCUUCUGCGCCCUUACCAAUUACAAAAAAAUGAAAUUUCCAAAAAAUUUCUGUAAAAAAUCUUUGCAAUGUCAUCUUUAAAGAUCUGAAAAGGUGCAUGAAAAAUAUUUUAGGCAGGGUGAUUUUUUUGAAAAUGUUAGCUUGAGUCUUUGAAGGUGCAUGGAGAACUUUCAAAAAGAUUUUUGGAACUAAGCGCCGUUUUGAUUGUGAAAUCUUGGCCAUAAGCUUGCGCACCUUAAUGCAUUCAAAAAAAAAUAGCCUAAAAAAGAGCUUCCAAGAUUUUUCUUCUUAAAAUCCUUGGAUAAUCCUUUUCAAGAAGCUAUAAAGUUGCUAAAAAAUAUGGAGAUUAUGGUUUCUUCAAAUGGAAAAAAAAAUUUUUUAAGAGGUAAUUUUUUUCAAAAAUUUUUUUAAAGAAAAAGAGCUUUGGAGAAGAUUUCGGAGAUUUUUUUGUUACUUGAAAAAGAUUUUUCUCUCUUUUUAAGAUAGUUUAGAGGCUUUCAAAACUUUGCGAAAAGGUGGAGAAAAUUGAGACUAGUUGAAAAUUUUGGCACUUUUUUUGGAGCUUGAGAGAUUUUUUUCAUCCUUUUUAAGGUAUUUUUAAAGAUUUUUCCGAACUUUACGAAAAAGUGUGAUAUAAGAAAUUUAAGGAAACUCUGAAUUUUUUUCAUCCUUUUAAGAAACUUGGAAGGUUUCCUGAACUUUGCGAAAUUUAAGGAAAAUUGAGAUUUGAGAAAACUUUCGUCUCUUUUUCGGUACUCGCAAGGGCAAAUUUUUGCAAUUUUUAAUUUCGCUUGGAAUUUUUCCUGUGAGAAAAGAAUUUUCAAUGAUCCCUUUUUCAGGGAUUGGAAAAGAGCAACAUUCGAAAGCAAAGAAGAUCUAUCCCUACAUUCUCUAGUCGAAUUUUUGAAAUCUGAACUGGCGGAAAUCGACGAGGAAUGGUGCGCUGGUUUGGACUAUUUCUACGAUCGUUUCCGAAAUGAAUCACCCCAGAAAGAUGUACUCUUCCCACUAAAUUUGCUGAAUAAAUACGAAUCUCUAGACAUCUCCCGAGAAAGCGGAGCCAUCGACGCCCGGAUCUGCGCCGAAAAAGAUGGGCAUGAACAGUUUCCUGCAGAUGCAGCGGAAUAUGAUGAAGGCCAAGAUGGAGAAUCCACAAAAAGCCGUGAAAAAUGACAUUUUCGAGCACGUUAUGGUUGGUUUUCGAUGUAAAGCUGUGUUUUUGGCCUAACUGGGAAAAUUUUUAGUGGCUUCUAUAGAGGCUCGCCAAGGACACUAAAGUGGCCACUAAACCCACAUCUUAAGUGCCCACUAUUUUCCGUUCUAAAGACCCCUAUAUAGGUCUCUAUUUAGUAGCCACUUCAGUAGUUUUUCAUCCAAUAUUCCUUCCAGUAACUCUGAUAACUUUAAAACAAACAGAUUGGACCAGUUAUGUUGAUCCAUUGACCCCUAAAGUGGCCACUAAAGUUUUUAAUGGUUUAAAAGUAGCACUUAGACCUCUAUAGUGGCCACUAAUUUUUAACCUCUCAAGCGGUCACUAAUUUGACUACUAUAGUGGCCACUAAAAAUUUUCCCAAAAAAUGUGUAUUUUAUUAUGAAUUUAUUUCGUUUCAGAGCUUCUUCAAAAGAAUCCUCACCCCCUGGCCUUCCGAUUGGCCCAAUGUCAUCGAUUGCGACUUUUCCAAGCUCGAUUCGGCUUGUGAGGUCGACCUGGAGCAAACCUUGCUCGCCGACAAGAAGUUUUCCCGGGAUCCAACAUCCAUUGCGUGGCGAUCCUUGUUGGAGCAGAACAAGUGGAAAAGCGUGUCGCUGGGCGACUGGGCCAAGGCGUUUGUUGAAGAUGUUGGUGUUCGAGGAGUUAGUUAUAGAGCUGAUUCACGGCUGGCUUGAGCCAACGAAAAAAAGGGCCCUGACACGAAGAAGUAAGAGAGAGUGCCUGGUUGGUGGAGAGCGCAGACAGGCCACGCCCCUUAGUGUCUUAAGCUAGCCGUAAAUCGACUAUAUAGUCUGUUCAGAUUUUGAAUGUCAAGUAGAAUGACGUCAUUUGCAAACGCUCUAUAGAUGGCUCGCUCUCUCAUUGGUUUCUCGUGCCUAUAGGGGCGGAGCUUGAGCGACGAAUUGACUAUCUGAAACUGAAUCUGAACAGACUAUAAAAGUCAUGGGGCUGACAAAGUUCAAGAAAAAAAAAAAUUUAGUCCGAAAUUCACGUUUUUUUUGUUGGAAAUGAUUGCGCGAAUUACGCAAAAUUGACAUUUCAUGAAAAAAAAAUCGGGUCUUACUGCGAAAUGGCGACUUUUACGCACGAAUUCAGGGUAAAAUGUACCCGAAUAAAUCCGAAAGUUAGAGCAUUUUGAGGCCCUAGCGUUUUCAAAUCAAUGAUGGACCUAAAAAAAAUUCUCCAAAUAAUUGCCUAUGAAGGAAAAAAAAACUUUUUCAGUUCGGAGCGGGCCAAAACGCACAUGGUGCGUUUUUCGCCGCAAUCAGCCACCUGGAACACAUGGGCCUGGUGAAGGCGAACAAUGACAAGAAAUCGACGUCCGUCACCGUUUUGUAUCAUCCCAGUGUGCAUGCCAAUUUGCUAUAACCCUUUUCUAAAUAUUAAUCACCUCCUAACUCUGAAAUUUUGAAUUCACCUUCCUACUGUAUGUAUUUUCGAUGUGUAUACGAUCGCGCGGCCGUCUGCCUGCACACUGCAGAAAGGUGAGCGAUGAGCGCAUGUUGAAAUUCUUACGGGUCUUUUUCAACUUUUUUCCGCGUUCUCGUGCUUUUCUUUGUUCAUAAAUAUGUGUAUUGUUCAAUAGAAAAGAUGUCGGGUGUUGACGAAAGCGAUUUUGAAAUUGUGAAUGGCGACAGAAAAUCGUCCUCCCAGUCGUCGACGUCGGACUUUGAGAAUCUCGUUGAGAAGCGCAGGGAUACGCCAAGCCCUGUCAAUGGUAAUUUUUGAAUUGAUCCUAGAAUUCGCGAGUGGAUAUUAUUAUUAUAUGGAAUUGAAUGUUAUAUUUCUCUUUUUUUUUUGGAAAAUUUCAUGUUUUUCACUCAUAAGCGCUCAGGUAAUCACGUGGAACUUACGAAAAAUGUAAAAUUGCUUUUGGGACUGUUAUAUUUCGCAAUAUUGUUUUAUAGUCCGUUUAAAACAGCUAGAAAUUUUUUUUUUAACUGCCAAAGUCAAAUUUAAGCUCUCUUAUCAUCUUUUUAUUAUCUUAUAUUAUUUUUCUCUUUGUAUCAAAAACGCGAAUUUCUGAAUUUUGAAGCGAUGAGCCUUUUUUCGUGUUUUUAGAGGUAUUACAAGGCUUCUGCGCCUUCAAACUUCCUGGGAAAAGUUUCAAAAUUCAAUAUCACACUCAUUCGACUCAAAAUUUCCUAAUGCCGUGUUCAAAGUAAUUUCCGCGAAAUGCAAAAUGAUCUCUGACUCUCCAAAAUUUAGUGAUAUAUUCCUUUCUCUAACGGGUAUUUUGAAUUUCGCGGAAAUUACUUUGAACGCGGCAUAAAUUUGGUCCACGAACAUUUAAAUAUCUCAAAAAGCUGGACUAAAUAUCUCAAAAAAAGCUGGAUUAAAUAUCUCAAAAAGAUUCCAUGGGUUUUUGAGGACUAUAAACCAAGUUUUAUUAUAAACUGAUUUUACAGAGAAUUGGAGUAAAAUAGCAAAAUUUCAGAAUAGAACAACACUUGAUGCUCAAAAUCCUUUUAGAUUUCGUAAUAUUCUUUCUUAUUUUCAUAAAAUGAUCCAUUUUCAACAUUUAACUUAUUAAUUUCAGAACGGAAGAUCUCAACGUCUUCUGAAGCGGAUCCAGAAGUCGAGCAAAAUAAGGAAAAGCUAGUUGAGAAAGAGGAGAAAGAACAGACCGAGAAGAAUCUCAACGAGGUCGCAACUUUCCCAUCGCUCGAACGGGAUGCCGACAACGAAGAAGUUGUGGAGGAGAAAACGGCUGAAGAUAUCGUCGAGGACAUGUUGAACGCCCCGAUUAGACCCGAUCAGGUUUUGAAAAAAAAAAGUCGCUUCGAAAUGAAUUUUAUAAGUUUUAGGAGCAGUUCUACACGGCGGAUGACACUCGCCGCGCGAUUUCUAACCUCAUUUUUUACUCGGCCAUGAUGUUCGUCUUGCCGCUUUUGACCAUGUUCUCAAUGUAUCACUACGUUUUUAUUGGUUCGUUUUUGAGCUUUUCCGUCUAGGAAAUACUAUAAAGAGUAGGCGUAAGAAAUUUAACGGUAAGAAAAAGAUGAUACUUUCAAAAAUUUAGGGUGAAGUUUUAUGUAUCGAUUUUUUGCGUAACACAUGCUCGAAGAGUAGGAAAAGGAAAGAUCAAUAAAGUUUUUGAUCUUUUCCGCUUUUCUAAGCAAAAUUUUAAAAAGGGAAAGUCAGAAUCAUAACGUUUAGGAGUUGAUUACAAGCGGGUUGAUUUUCAAAAUUUUACUUUUUGCAUCGAUUUUUGCGUACUAGUUAGAGUCGAUUCGCGGCAGCUUGUCAUUUUUUUUUCGUUCCGUCAAAAAUACCGUGUACCAAAUUAAAUCAAAGUUGAUCAUCUUCGCUUUAAGACCAUUAUUGCUGUCUUUUCAGCAGUUUUGUAGAACAGAAGUUUGUAUUUACGGUAGCCUUUUACUUCCUGUUUUUAAAAAGGGACCGUCUUGCGCGGAAAGCAUGAAGGUGGGAAAAAAGAUAGAUGAAAAAAAAAAUACAUCAAUUUUUGUUCAGAGAAGAUUUUUCUAUGAAUCAUGAAUCAACUUGUGAAUUUUGAAAUGAAAUUUGGUAUGACAUUUUCAGAAUUUUUUAUUAAAAGAAAUACUUGAUUUCUAAUGCGUUUAAGGAAUUUAGCAGAAAGUGUAUAAUCGAGAAUUUUCAUUUUCAAACCUUUACUUUCAAGAUUCUCACAGGCCAAUGCGAUGUGUUCAAAGUAAUUUCGGUGAUUUUGAAAUUGACGGGUUUUUUGUAUAACUUAUUCGAAAAAUACGCGAAAUCAGAAUUUCGGGAGCCUUUAGAAAAAUUUGGUUGCAAGGCGAGAUAACGACUCUUAUGCGGGGAACUCAAAAACAAAAAAAAAAAAAUUAGGCAUUUUUAAAUUGGCGCCUAAAAGCCUAUUCUUGAGAUAUCGUUGUAGGGCCCAAUUUUUCUAACUGUUCUCGAUAUUUUGAUUUUGCGUAUUUCAUGAUAUCAAAAAUCGUAAUUUUCUCUAAAUAUGCUUGUAUUGUAAAGUAUUUCAAACAUUUAUAAAUCGUGUAGGACUGAUCAUUUUCCAUAAAAAGUUCAGUUUUAUGAGCUCAUUCUCUUUACAGACAUCUGCCAUUUGCCUCCAUCGGAAGCGAUGCUUUACGCCGGUCUGAGCGGCGCCGCCGUCGUUAUUCUCAUUGCUGCCUUGUUCGUCUACACGGCGUACAAAGAAGAGAAAGACGCCGAGAAAUUGGUCCUUUCCAGGAAGAAAGCGACUUGA